UAGUCUAGACACGUCACAGAUUCUGGCGACUUCGUGGAACACUACAACUCCUACAACAUCAGCUACAACACUCAUCGAGUCGACCACGCCGGCCAAGACGCCUCCGUACCCUCGCGAGAAGCCGCUUUCUCAAAAGUAUGGAGACUACUCCCGAAAAGUGGAUGUCAAGGGCAGCCCGCAAAAUUAUGCUCCCUUUUGCACUAUGGAAUCAUACCCAGACCGAAAGGCCGCAGCUCUCCACAACGCGACGCAAAGUGCUCUUUAUGUACUGCCUUUUGAACUCCUUUCCAUGGUCGCCAAUCACCUUUCGCCGACAUCUAAGCUCGCGAUACGCCAAAGCCGCAGGAAGCUGCGAUAUACUAUUCUGCCGGAGUUGGGAAUUUUCCCACUCAAUGAAUUUAACUGGGAAAUAUCUAGAUUAGAGGGAAAGCCCCUCUCCUCUUUACCAAAAGAGGACUUAGCGCUGCCAGGGCCACUCCUAAUGACCUACAGAAAUCGGCCUCCUCGUUUUCGCAUUUGGUACAGUGUGUGCAGUACUCGCUAUCCGGCCUAUCUUUUCUCUGUGCAACAAAGGUCAACCUCUGCCUCUGAACGCUGCUGUCUAGGAAUGGAACACAAGUUUUGCUUUGCGAGCAUCAUAGCUUUACGUAUGCUGAACUUUGCGAGUUUUUUGAGCCAGACAACAUGUUCUCUUGUCAUCGUCCCGAUCAUCGCAACCACUUCUUUGGAACCGAAUACGAAUCUUCUCCGCGGAUCUGGUCAAGUGCGCCUUUGCCCCGUCAGAGCAUCAUGAAGGCCGGAGGAACUAGCUUCUAUUGCAAAUGGUGGCUCCCGAUAGUGCGCAUACCCAGUGGCACCAUGGCUUCAGAAUCCGUUGCGGAGCUUACAGCAGCGCUUGUUGGGUUGGACCAGCCGUCGUGCCCGCACCUUCGUACAACGGACGACCAAGUGCUACGCGCC